CGUUACCGUUAAACUUACACGUUUUCAAUGAAAGCAACUGGGGUUAAUGGAGUUGCAUUUAAUCAUAUAAAUCAUUAAGUUCGGUCUGCUAAACGAGAGGCGGCUGUUAUGAAUCUAAGCGCAAAGGCGCCCAAGAAAUGUCUUCAGUAAAGGCCAGUGCUGUUAAAGCACUUCAGAAGGAACUGAAAGAUCUCAAUGAAUUGCCAGUUGAGGGAUUCAAGGUAAUGGUAUCUGAAGAGGAAAAUCUUUUCGUUUGGGACGUUGCGAUAUUUGGGCCACCAAUGACUUUAUAUGAAGGCGGUUAUUUUAAGGCUCGAUUAUCUUUUCCGGAUGACUAUCCAUAUAGUCCCCCUACAAUGCACUUUCUAAGUAGGAUGUACCACCCCAACAUAUAUGAAAAUGGCGAGGUUUGUAUAUCAAUUUUACAUUCGCCAGGAGAUGAUCCCCAAAGUGGUGAACUGCCUUCGGAAAGGUGGAAUCCGACACAAAAUGUCAGGACUGUACUUUUAAGUGUAAUUUCCCUAUUAAAUGAACCAAACAUACAUUCAGCCGCUCAUGUUGAUGCUUCAGUAGCUUAUAGAAAGUGGAAGGAAUCUAAUGGAGUUGAGGAUGAGUACGAACGCAUAGUUAAAUCACUUGUUAUAGCAACUCAUGAAGAGGCUAAGAAGGAUGGUGUAACUGUUCCAACAACUGUCGAAGAGUAUUGUGUGAGUGGUAAAUCAAGUUCAAGAGCAUUUUGCCAUCAAUCUGGCGACUUAGACGGUUUGUCUGAUUAUGGUGACGACGAGUAUUAUGGCUCUGAUGGAGAUGAUGAAGAUGAAGGCUUGCUUACAGAUACGAAUGAAGAUCAAAAAUCAGCAUUUACGGGUGAAUGUUCUCAGGCGUCCAAAACUGAUUCUACAGCGCAUGAACCUCACUCGAGUAAAUCAGAAAAUGUCCUGAAAACCACAUUACAUUCAUCAUCAGUAAACCCAAGUGAAUCUUCGAGAGUUAUCGAUCAUCGGAUAUCAGGUGAAUGCAAUCGUGUGACUUCUCCGAGUUAGUUGAUACUUUAUAACUCUGGGUUUUCACUGACUUUAAUUUUCUGUAAUAUUAUUUCUUAAUAUUUUGUUUACUUUGGAACGAAAGAUAUUUUUGAUCUCAGAACAGAUACAGUUGAAUUCUGUGAAAUUUAUGAUUUUUUUUGAUUUAUAGUUACUACUAGUCUAUUGUCCAAAUUUCUUUCUUUUGUGUUCUAUUAUGUGAAAAGUAUUUGACAAAGAUUAUUGAUAUGGUAAAAAUUCAAGUCCAUAUAUUUGCAAUACUUUGUUUAUAAUGAUUACUGUUACCGCUGCUGUUGCAGUUGCUUUUGCAGAUAUUUUUCUCUUCUUUUGUUUCACAAUUACUAGAUUUCAAGUCUUGUACACAUUUCUCUUACACAUAGACUUUUAUGUUGGUCUUCCAUUGUCCCCCUAAACCAGUAGUAGUCUUUAAUCAACUCUUUGUACAAAAUAUUUCAUGUUUUUUCUUUUUUACAUAUUCAUGUUGUCUUGUUUACUCUAACUCCUCCUUAGUCAUGAAAUAAAGCACUGUUAACUUUAGCAGUUAAUAUGUAUGCUUUUGGUUCAGUUUUUAAAAUCAUUUCCUUCUUUUAAUUAAUAUAUGUGAAUAUAUUAUCUCCAAAAAAAAUGAAUAUCUCAGCAGUGGAAUUGUUAACUUUGUUUCAGUUGCGUCAGGGAAGUAAUCUGCAUUUCUGUUUAUAUAUGUACUGGUAAUUAUAUUGAUCAAAUCAAAGUGUGGGGUAUUAUAUU